CCGUGGUAACCAGGAGCCGCUUCCCAGGAGUUUACUAGCUGUAGUGCCUGGCUGUAGGAAAAGGGGUCCUUCGCCUCGCCUGCAGUGAACAUGGAUUGAGUUUGUUCAAGGCAAAGCACUAAGCAAGAGAGACAAAGAGCUGCAAAUGGCAAAAAUAGAAACAGAGGAUCACAGGGCAGCACUCUCUCAGUCUUCUUUAUUGCCCUUGACUAAAGCCAUGGAGGUAUCACAGCAAAGCAACCCUGAAGGUGCCUUCAGUGGGGAAAAGCCAAUGUACAAAUACAUUUCAAGUGAUUUACCAAGGGAGUUUAUGUCAUCCCAGGCAAAAGCAGUUAUUAAAACUCCUGAAGAUUAUUUGCAGCCUCAGUUUGGCCCCAAAAGACUUUUGCAUUCAGCAGCAGUAUCAGAAGGGUCAGGACUUGAAGACUGCUCCACACAUCAAACAGUAUCAGAUCAUAGCCAUGAUGAAAUAUCAGACCCAGAUAGCUACAAAUCAAACAGUAAAAACAAUUCUUGUUUCAUAUCAGCAUCCAAGAGAAACAGACCUGUCAGUGCUCCAGUGGGUCAACUGAGAGUUGCAGAGCUCUCUUCUUUAAAAUUUCAGUCAGCCCAGAAUUCACAUAGAUUGUCUCAAAAACACAAACCUCAAGCCAGAGUGAUUAAAGUAACAGCUUACAAAAAUGGAUCUAGAACAGUCUUUGCCAAAGUUACUGUACCAACCAUCACCUUGUUGCUGGAGGAGUGCACGGGAAAGCUGAAUCUGAACAUGGCCGCCCGACGAGUGUUCUUGGCAGACGGCACUGAAGUCCUCGAACCUGAAGACAUACCCCAUGAAGCCGACAUUUAUGUUUCAACGGGAGAGCCCUUUUCAGAUCCAUUCAAAAAAAUUAAAGACCAUCUGUUGUUAAUGAAAAAAGUAACUUGGACAAUGAAUGGGCUGAUGCUACCUACUGAUGUCAAAAGACAGAAAACUAAAUCUGUUCUUUCCAAGAGAAUGAAGAAACUUACUGAGAAGACCACAGUCCGAAUCCUGUUCUUUAAGAAUGGCAUGGGGCAAGAUGGGCAUGAGAUUACAGUGGGAAUGGAAACAAUAAAAGAGGUUUUAGACACUUGCACAAUGAGAAUGAACCUAACUUCACCAGCCAGAUAUCUUUAUGAUUUGUAUGGUAGGAAAAUUAAAGAUAUUUCAAAAGUUCCUCUGCUUGAAAAAUGCCAGCAAAAUUCCAUCACACCUUUGCGGGGACCAGUUUGGGUCUCUAAGGGAGAAGGUUUCAGCCCCUCAGGAGCUAAGAUGUACAUCCAAGGAGUUCUUUUGGCCUUGUAUCAGCGACUAAAGUCUGCAAAAAAAUAUUGUAAACAGCUGAACCUGGCUGUGAAUGAACAGAAAGAGAAAAUUACUGAAAAAGUCCUUUCAAUGACAACAAAGGAAUACCAUAAGGCACAAGAAGAAGUGAGUAGGCUGAUUGAUGAAUUGGAGACAGCUAUCAAAAGCAACAGAGGUCACCUCUCUAAACUUGGCCCCCAAUUACAGGCUGAGCAGGAGCAAUUCUGCUCUUAUGUCUACCAACACAUUAAAAGCCUUCCAGCAAACACUCUUAUCCCAAGAGGCCUGCAACUCAAGAUAUUUGAAAAUGGUAAAAACACCGGAGAGAUCUCUGUUUGUAUCAGCAAAAAAGACCUGGAGUCUAAUAGCCCACCUCAAAGUGGCAACAGGAUGGAAAGAUUACUUCUCAAUAUUCAUCAAAGGAUUCAAGGAUCUUCCAUCAACCCACGAGGCCUCAAUUUUUCUUCAAUGCGGCUUUUUGAUGAGCGUGGUCAAGAAAUUAAGAAUCCACUUUUGCUGAAGAAUGAGCAAAAAAUUUGGGUCUCUUAUGGUAAAGCAUACAGAUCUCCCCUAAACCCUGUUCUGGGUUUAACCUUUGACCAGGUGACUGCAUAUGCCAGAGGUGGCAUGACAGUUGCAUAUAAAACCUCCUUGGAUCCUAAUGCUAUUCUGCUACCUGGAUGUGACAAUUGGGAAGUUUGUGAGGGAUUUCCAAUUAAUUUCAACAGCACCAGUCAACAGAUACCUGAUCAAUUUGAAAAGGUGGGCUUGGAGAACCAUUUCCUACAGAACAAGGUGGACCCCAAUAUUGUCCUUCAUGCCUCUGUUUUCAUCAGAAAGUGGAGCUCCUCAAGUACUGAAGCAAGCAGCGGAAGUCAGGUAGCACGGUCAACCCUGUGGCCUGCAGCCAGUGUGUGGCUGAUCACGAAGACUGGAAUGAUCCUGAGCCGAGCAAUAACUCAGGGCUGCCUGGGCAUUGGACAUCCAAUCAGAAUCAAAGCUGCUGAAGGAAUAUCACUAGAAGGAUAUAAAUUAAUCCUACAGAAAAGACAUAAGGAAGAUGAUUCUCAGAAGUGGGUGUUUGGAACUGAUGGCUGCAUUUACUCUAAGGCUUAUCCUCAGUUCGUUCUGACUUACCUAGAGGAGCUAAAUGCUCACAUGGAUGUGACACAGACAGAGUACCACAUUCACCAUGGCACCUGGACCUCUGCUCCUCAGGAGCAUGGCAGCAGCUUAGCAGAAGAGGUUCUGCAAAAAAGUGCCAGCAUCUCUGGUCUGAAGCAACUGACAGUGCCUUCAGACACCAAUUUAAUGCCAGAAGUUUCUCUUGAGGAAACAGGGCAGCUGACAGUGGCACUGGUGAGGAAACUGGAAGAGAAACAUCCUAAGGCUUCUGCUCAGAGAUGGGCCAUAAAACAUGAAGGGACCACCAAGCCGGACCAGUGGAAACAUUCCAGAGUUGAAAACCCUCUCUGGAACAAGCUUACCUACAUGUGGCCAGUCCUUCCCAACGGCCAACUGAAUGAGGAAUUUGAUUGGCCAAUAGAAGGACUUCUUGUGGCAAACAGCCCUCCCAUGAAGAAAUCCUUCUGUAAGACCCCACAGCAGUAUGUCCCUGUGAGGCUCAAAGUUUUGAAGAAUGGAGAUAAGAAUAAAAACAGAGCACUUACUAUAGUCAGUCCAAACAUGUCACUUGGAUGGAAAACACAAAAUGUUGACACUUCAAGGAAAGAGAAUGGGAAAAACUAUGUCACUAAAUAUUCAGAAACAGAAACAAACCCGACUGAAGUUCACCAAUUUUUGGAGAGGUGCACUGAAAUUUUAAAUUUACCUUCUGCAGCUCGGAGACUGUUCAAUGAGAAGGGGAAGGAAAUCUUUGCCCUAAAAGACCUUCAAAGAGAUGACCUGGUGUAUGUUUCAUGUGGAGAACAUUGGAUCAAUCCUGACCUGUCCAUUGAUCAGCAAAAGAAGCAAAUCUUCCUUAGGAACUUAGCAUCAGAUAUUUCUAGAAUUCAAACUUUCUGCAGUAUACAUGAACUAGAGGCUUUUGUUUUAGAAGUCCAAAAUGACAUUGUGUCUGGAGCCAAGCUUGCUGUGCAUAAAUCUGUAGCAAUUUUUGGAGAAGAGAAGCAAAUUAUAGAGCUAAAAGAAAAGCAAAUGCAAAAACAUGCUUUAACAAUGGAAAAUGCUUCCAGUGAAACUCUGGAUUCCCAUGCAAGAGCCCAUAUUCGAAUGAAAGCUUGUCACACACUUCUCAGGUAUGCUUGGCAGGAGACCUCUCAUGACUUUGAUGAGGACGACUGUCUUCCAAACAAAAAGAAAGAAGAGCUCUUUGAAAACAUGGAAACACAGAAGAAACACAGUCAUUCUCUAAAGCACAGUCAAUUGCAGAAGCUUUGCCGCCAGCAGUUCAAAUACAGAGAUGGGCAUAUUAUAAGCCAUGCCACUCCUCAGCUAGUCUUGGGGGUGCAAGGUCCCAACCUGCAUUCAGGCAUGGAGGUGGUUUUGGUAGAAAAAAAAGUGAAUGAUAGUCAUCAAUGCUGGAUGCACAAGGAAGACAGCAGGACCUUUCACCUGGUGAGUAACCCAGACCUAGUGUUGGCUGUGUCUAUGACUAAAGCUAGAAAUGAAGUCUGCAGCUAUCCAGUAAUUGUUCAGAAAUAUAAGCCAUAUAACAAUGGGGCUUCCAAUCAAAAGUGGAAUUACAUGGAGAAUAUGAAAGCUUUUAUGGCCUUUCAUAGUACUACCCUAGAUAAGGAAAUCACAGCAGCAAAUUAUGCUGGUAUUUGUACAUCUUCUGUGAUUAAAGAAAACAUUGAUCAACCAGGAUACUACUAUCUCUCACCCACUGGAAACACAAAAACAAUGCUCUGCUUGGCAUGCGGACAAUCCAUGAGAGCAGAGAAGAGGCUGAAACAAUUGCUUCCAGGACUGCCAUUCCUCUGUGCCUCAGGCUCCAAGAUCCAGAAACCUUUCUCACAAGGGCCUUUCAAGGUCAUAAACGUGGCCAAGGUUGAUUUAUCUUCCUACGAGGCUGAAAAAACUCUAAGUUAUUAUGAAGAACGUCUAUUAUCUUUACGGAUGAAGACCUGCACCCAAGUUGUAUCUCAUAGUGAUGUGGCGGCUAUGCACCAGAAGGCAGUGAAAAUAAUUGCAUACAAAAAUGGAGACGGAUAUCAAAAUGGAAAGUUAAUUGUGGCUGGAACAUUCCCCAUGCUUCUUACAGAGUGCACGCAACAACUUGGUCUUGCCAGAGCAGCUUCCAAAGUAUAUGCCAAAGAUGGAACCACAAUCCUUUCCUUGCGUCAUUUGGUUUUAUGGGCUCUAGAUGAAUCUUUUAUCCAGAGAGACUCCAAGGAACAAAAGAAAGAGGCAGUCUCUGUGGGAACAAAAGAGGCAGCUGCUAAAAGCAUGGAAGAAAACACAGGAAUGAAUGCAAAACCCAAAUUAUUUCUAAAGUCUGUGGCAUCUGAUAGUUUGGAUGGUGUAGAUAAGUCUUUGCUGACCCUCAUCCUUAGAAAUCCCAUUGCCAUCUGGGUAUCUUGUGGUGAACCGUUUUUAUCUCCGAAUGCUUUGCAAAAAGCAGGAGAAUUAGAAAAACAGAAGUGGCUAAAAAAGAACAAAAUUUUGGCUGAUCUAGACAUCAUGAAACACAAAAUGAGACAGUUAAAAGGGCGGCGAGUAGCAGCAUGUCAGCCAGCCACCAUGGUUCCAAACAAAAGCCCUGUACAGCCGGUGGUGGUGGAAGGAGGCUGGACUGAGCAGACUCAAGAGGAAAUUAAACUCAUGAAACUUAUAAGACAUACAGAGGCACACCUUUCUGAAGUCCAAGAACUGCAAUUCACGAGAAACUCCCCAAUUACAGCUAAACGUGUAGCCCUCGCACAGAGCAGCCUGUAUAAGCAACCCAACACAAAACGAGUAUGGAUUUAUCUAAAUGGAGGCAGACCUGAGGAUGGUGCUUAUGCCUGGGGCAAAACUAUUUUAGAGCUCCUGGAUGACUGCUCCUCUCGUCUCAAAAUGGCCCGCCCCGCCAGGGCACUGUACACCCCCGAUGGAGAGCCAGUUCACUCAUGGGACGACGUAGAGCGAGACAUGGCCCUCUGUGUGUCCUCAGGACAUGGCUUUGUAACCCAAAAAGAGUUAAAGCAACUGGUGGAGGUCAGAGCAAAUUAUGCCAGAAUCCGAAGACAGCAGGGUCCUCAAGCUACAGACAUCGUGGUGUCCCCCUCUGCAAAGCUCUAAUUUCUGGUACAUCUGCACAAGUAAUUCCCAUCAGAAUCAUCAUAUUUUGUGCUGUAUUUCCCUGGGAUAACCUAUGUGUACAUAUUCAUGUGCUUGCUUUAAUAUGAUUAUUCAUCCUUUUAAUUUUUUUUCUGUCUCUUUUAAAGUUAUUACCAUCCGUAUUGUACAUCGAGUGGCACUUGAUGCCUCAAAUCUGUUCUUGGAAAGGCAACAAAACCAGACAAAGCAAGGCUAGUAAAGUACUAUCUUAGGAGUAUUGUCU